AUAUAGUCUGAAACAUGUGGCACUGUAAUGCCACUGCCGGAGAGAGAAAGAUGGAAUGUUUUCGUCUAUGCAGUUCAACUUCAACCCCUCCAACUCUCCUAUUUCAUAAAGCCGUUAUAAAUCUUAACGGUCACAAUUUUCCCUCGAAUUUAAAAAACCCAAAAUUAUUUUGUCCUUCUCUUUCAACUCCUAAAUACACAGUGAAUUGCAAUUGCAGAGAAAGAACCAAAGGGGAGGCUCCUCUGUCCAGUACUUCCGCUUACGCCGUGCUCGGCGUCGAACCCGACUGCUCAGCUGCCGAGCUCAAAGCCGCUUUCCGAGCUAAAGUGAAGCAAUUCCAUCCUGAUGUGAAUAGAGAUUUGGCAGAUUCUGAUUCAAUGAUUCGCCGUGUAAUUGAGGCAUAUGAGUAUGUGCAGAUAUUAUCAAACUACAGCCGAUCAGAGAUUAUUGAGAGGGAAUGUAUAGAUCCAUUCGAAAAACCAGAAUGUGAAGCUUUUGAUAUCUUUGUUAAUGAGGUUCUCUGUGUUGGCAAAGGGUGUCCAUAUUCAUGUGUAAAAAGGGCACCUCAUGCCUUCUCAUUUGCAUCUACUGGGAGUGCUAGAGUGUCUUCACAAGGUCAUGGGGAAGACUACCAAGUUCAGCUCGCAGUAGGUCAAUGCCCAAGAAGUUGUAUCCAUUACGUUACGCCUUCACAGAGGAUUAUCUUAGAGGAGCUGCUAGACAGUAUCUUGAGCAUGCCUUAUAAUUCAUCAGCCGAGGCAGAAUUGCUUUAUUCUCUUCUAGUUAAAGCCAAGUUUGAGAACAAUCGGUACCAAAAGCCGAAGAAACAACCCAAAACUUCAACCCAACAUGUUGAUUGGUUUUAACAUUUGGAUGCUGAUGUUUGUAUCCUGCUUCAAAUUCAUGGCCAAUCACACCCAGAUUACUGGAGAAAAUGGAAGCUGAUACUGCUUAUAGAUGCCUCCAAUCAUCUGUGUGAAUACUGAAUGUUGGUGAUGUCAAUUUAACUCAUCAUUGAUCUGACUCGCUGCUUGGGGGUGCCUUCUUGUAAAGUGCAUCUACAUUGAAAAACAUUGUAAAAUCCUUUUUCUGCCACCACUUCCCCCACCCCCCGCCCCCGUGCAUGUGGGGAGGGGGGAGGUGGGUUUGAUUGGAUUUAUGUCAACGGCAUAUGUAUGAAGUUAGAAGUUUACAUUUCAUUUUUGUUAUUGUUACAGAAUCUACCAUAUUUUUCUAAAGGAAAUUCAGUAAGUACUAAAAAUUGCUGUGAUAUCAA